ACAACCAUCAGUCCCUCCCCUCAUGCCAGGACCCAAAUCCAAUCACUGUCCAAAUCUUGUAGACUUCACCUCCGCAACAUCUCCAACCUCCGCAACAUCUCCAGCCUUCGCAACAUCUCCAACCUCGGCAACAUCUCCAACUUCCGCAACACCUCCAACCUCGGCAACAUCUCCAACCUCGGCAACAUCUCCAACCUCCGCAACAUCUCCACCUCCGCAACAUCUCCAACCUUGGCAACACCUCCAA